AUGGGCUUCCUUUCUCAUUUGAGAUUCAGUUAUGCACUCAAGAAGUGGGUAAUUGCUUUGUUACUUGUCAAAAGGGAGUUUGAUCAUAAACAAAAGGCAAGGUCCCUUUUAGGAAACCGCAUUAAUGGUUCAAUUCCAAAGGAAAUCAAAUCAAAGACAUUGCUACUCUUGAGGAGCUCUUGGAGGACCUCUUCAUCAAAACCUUGGAAAUUUGAGCUGCAUGAGGAGGCUCUUUCUUUCUGCCAACAAUUUUACUGGAACAAUUCCAGACACAUUCAGCAAAUUGAAGAACUUGACAGAUUUGCACAUGCAAGGCACAUCCAUGGAUGGCCCCAUUCCUUCUACCAUAUCCCAGCUGAAAAACAUAACCGAGUUAUUACAUUGGUGAAUUGGCUACACUUAAAACAUUGCAAACCAUUGAUGUUCUGGCUGCGAGACUCUACUUCUAUUACUCUCUCAGUUAUGAGCUCACUGGUGAUCUUGCUGAAAUUCGGAGGUGAGUACUCUCCAUUAAUAUCAAUUCCUUACUUUUAUUUGAAAUCAUUUGUAUGUCCUUGCAUCUGAGAGUAAUGCACAAGUACGUAUUUAACAAAAUAAAUAGGAAGAAGGAACAAGAUUAGAGAGGAAUU